CCAGCCAGUCCGCUCUGCCUGGCUCGGCUCAGCUCAGCUCAGCUCGGAACCGUCCACAGCAACAUGCAGGAUGGCGAGCAUGGAGACAGCCGCCGAACACGAACGUAUCCUGCGGGAGAUAGAGAGCACAGACACCAACUGUAUCGGACCGACCCUCCGGUCGGUGUACGAUGGGCAGGAACAUGGCCUGUUCAUGGAGAAGCUGGACGUUCGAAUCAGGAACCAUGACAGAGAGAUCGAGAAGAUGUGCAACCAUCACUUCCAGGGGUUCGUGGACUCCAUCACAGAGCUGCUCAAAGUACGAGGGGAGGCGCAGAAGCUGAAGAGUCAGGUGACUGAGACCAACAGGCGUCUUCAGGAUGAUGGCAAAGUGCUCAUCACAUCCAUGGAGGAGUUGAAACAGUGUCGAGUACAACAGAGAAACAUCGCUACUACUAUAGACAAACUGUCGCACUGCCUACCAGUCCUGGAGAUGUACAGCAGACUUCAGGAGCAGAUGAGGGCCAAAAGGUACUACCCAGCGCUGCGGACGUUGGAACAGCUGGAGCAGACGUGUCUUCCCCGGGCGGGUCAGUACCGCUUCUGCUCCAUCAUGGCAGAAAACAUCCCCAAGCUGAGGACACAGAUCCGGGACACAGCCAUGACACAGCUGAGAGACUUCCUGGAGAGCAUCCGGAAACACUCUGAGAAGAUAGGAGAGACGGCCAUCAAACAGGCCCAGCUACAGCGCUCACUGGACAGCUCCGUCGCCACGCAGCCGAGGGCCCUGUUUGGCCGACGCGGCAGAAAGGAGGCGGCGGCGGCGGCGACGGGGACGGGAACCGACAGCGACGGACAGGGCGGCAGUCCAGUGUCGGAACAGGACUCUGGCAUUCUGGAUGUGGAGGAUGAAGAGGAGGAUGAUGAAGUCCCAGGAGCUCAUGACUUGGUGGAUUUCUCUCCAGUUUACCGCUGUCUGCAUAUCUACACUGUGCUGGGUUUGCGUGACGUGUUUGAGAACUACUACAGAAAGCAGAGGAGGAAACAGGCUCGCCUCGUGCUGCAGCCCCACUCUAACAUGCAUGAAACCUUGGAGGGAUACAGGCGGUACUUCAAUCAGAUUGUCGGGUUCUUUGUUGUGGAGGAUCACGUUCUUCACACCACGCAGGGUUUGGUCAACAGAGCGUACGUUGAGGAGCUUUGGGAGCUGGCGCUGUCCAAAAUUGUCGCCGCCCUGAGGACACACUCGUCGUACUGCGAUGACCCUGACCUGGUGCUGGAUCUGAAGAACCUUAUUGUCCUUUUUGCUGAUACACUGCAGGGUUAUGGCUUCCCGGUGUCACAGCUGUUCGACAUGCUGCUGGAGAUGAGGGAGCAGUACGGAGAGAUCCUGCUCAAGAAGUGGAACAUCACCUUCAGGCAGGUGUUGGACCAGGACAACUACAGUCCAAUCCCAGUCUCAACAGAGCAGGAGUACAGACACUACACUUCCCAGUUUCCCCUGCAAGACCCCGAACUGGACAAGCUUCCCUUCCCCAAGAAGCUUCCCUUCUCCGAGUUUGUGCCAAAAGUCUACUGCCAGCUCAAAGAGUUCAUCUAUGCCUGUCUGAAAUACAGUGAGGAUCUUCAUCUCAGUUCCACGGAGGUCGACGAUAUGAUCCGCAAGUCGACAAAUCUGUUGUUGACCAGAACCCUCAGCCACUGUCUGCAGUACGCCAUUAAAAAGAAGAAUGUCGGGCUGGCAGAGUUGGUGCAGGUGAUCAUUAACACCACCCACCUGGAGCAGAGCUGCCACUUCCUGGAGGAGUUUAUAUCAAACAUCACCAAUGUUCCUCCUGACACAGUAAACGCUACCAAGCUGUACGGGACCUCCACCUUUAAGGACGCUCGUCAUGCGGCGGAGGCGGAGAUCUACACCAGCCUGAACGCCAAGAUCGACCAGUUCCUGCAGCUGGCUGAUUACGAUUGGCUGGCCGCGGUGCAGGGAGGCGGGACUCUGACUGCCAGCGACUACCUGAUCGACCUGAUCGCUUUUCUGAAGAGCACCUUCAGCGUGUUCACCAACCUGCCUGGAACUCCAAUAGAACACGCUACCUUACCGGGUAAAGUGGCCCAGACCGCCUGCAUGUCGGCCUGUAAACACAUCUCCACCUCCCUGAUGCAGCUCCUUCUCGACCCGGAGGUCCGACAGAUCUCCAUGGGAGCUCUACACCAGCUCAACACCGACGUCAAGGAGUGCGAGAGUUUUGCCAGAGCCGGCCCGGUCGCAGGCUUCCAGGGUGACACGUUGCUUCUGGCCUUCAGUGACUUGAGACAAUUGCUGGAACUGUUCACCCAGUGGGAUUGGUCGACCUACCUGGCUGACUACGGCAAACCCACCUGCAAAUACCUGAGAGUCAACCCACACACUGCACUGGCCCUGCUGGAGAAGUUAUUUAAGCCGAUGAAGGAGAUGAGCAGGAAGAACAACGUCUUCGCCCAGUUCAGGAAGACGGACAGAGACCGACAGAAACUCAUCGACACCGUCAUCAAGCAGCUACGCAACCUCAUCGCACAGCACCACACCUAAAGUGAAACACCCGAUUGGCCAGCCGGCCCGACGCCACCUUCUAAUUGGCUGAUUGAAUCUCGAAACCUUAACUUCCGAUCUAUGACGCCCAAAACAAGCAACAAGCUCAUUGGAUAACAAGCUCGUGCUGUGGUGUCAGUCAGUUUCACUUCAACUCAAAUUGAUCUGCGUGAAACUUAACAAGAAAAAUCAUCAGCGUGGCUCAAGACACAAGCUGAACUUUGACCUUUAAAGAUAAAGUUAUCGAUCUGGUUCAAAUUCAUGCCCAAAAGAAAAAUAAACAUCAUCACCUGCCUUAUUCUCAAACGUGAUUUGGUCUUAAUCUUAAAAGCUGCUGGGAUGUGUUCGAUUUCUGGCCUGUGGAGAACGAUCAAUUAGAGCAAAUGAAUUAUUUUAAAGUUAAAUCACCUGCUAAAACAUCAUCACAAUCAGUGAUUAGAAAAUAUAAAACGUAUUCAUUGUGCUCAACUGAAGUGUUCCUAAACCACAUACUCUUCUUGUUCAUCCUUCUCAUUUGAAAGAAAUCUCUCAGUUUCCAGUUGCUGUGACACUUUGUUGCUGUACUUGUUGCUGGAUGCUGUCGAGCCUCGUUACCAACAUAUUUAUAAAUGGGAACCCGGGUUCAUUUCAUCCGUAAGUUACGUGGGAAUCGUGUGCGAGAAUCUACGUGGGGUUUUCUUUUAGCGAGAACUCACAUUUUCAGAUUUUCUUCUUUGUCGUAAACUCUAACCGAACGGGCUGGUUAAGCAGUCUGUCGCCUUUAACGUCUUCCACAUCGCUCGCUCUCUCACUGUUGCACAGUAACAGCACGUUUUGAAUGUACAUCAGCGAGGGUCGUCUUCAGAAGCAGAAUGUGACGUUGUGACAUCGCAGCAGGCCGAGCACUGAACUAAAAUAAAUUAGUAGAUAUUGGUGGCGAAUAAAGAGAAUGUUACUCCUGUAUCCCUUAUCUUCUAAUAAAGGGGGAUGUCGACGAAAAAUGGCAACCCUUCUCCCUCUUAAUAUACAACCUGCAAACACUUGAAACACUUGAAUGGCUGCUUACAUCUGGCAACCUCAUUCCCACAUCCUAACACAUGAAAGCACAGUGAGUGUCUGGGAUAUAAAGGGGGGGGGGUGUUGUCCAAACAUGGCAACCCACUCCAUCAGAUUUGAACUGGGGGGGAUGCUGCCUGAGCAUUUUAUACUCAUGUAUAGACGUCUCGGUCUUAAAGAGGGGGAUAACACCCCAACCUGGCAACUGCUCUAAAGUGUAUAGUGUUUUGUUUGUGUGGUUGAUUAGAAAGAAACUAAUUUGUAUAGAAAUCAUUGUACUAAUGGCAAGCACACACUUUCAUGUCUUCCAUAUGCCAAGCUGUGUGUGUGUGUGUAGUGUCGCUGCACAAACUUUUGUUUAGUUAAAGCACAGGACAUAGUUACACUCUCACUAGACUAUUUUUGGGUCUUUAACCAAUAUGGGUCUUUUUUCUUUUGCUCUUUGUGUUGCUUUUUUCUUGGAACUUUGGUGCAAUAAUAGCAUUGGAAACUGCAGCAUUGUGUGUGUGUGUGUUAAUCAUUGUGCUUUUAUAAAGGGAUUCAAACUUACAGCGUGGGUGUCAGAAGGGAAUUUAAUUUGUUCCACAUUCGAUCAUGUCGUGUGGGUGUUUCUGUGAGUUUGUGUUCACUUGUGCAUGUCGGCGAAGUGUGUGUGUUUGGGUUUUUUUUGUAUCCAUCCUUAGCUGUGUAUCAUUUUUAGGUGUUAGUAAGGGGACGGGGCCGUCGUUAUUGAAUGUGCCUUUGCUGUGUUUAGUUUUAUUUCCCUGCCGAUGAAGCAGCAACACUGUGAUGUUUGGACUCUGGACACAUAUAUGUACAAUAACAAAAGCAACCAGUGGGUUAUCUUCACUCAAAGUCCUCUUUCUGGGGCUUUCAACCACAUCUAUUCGUUACUUUACCUUUUCUGUGACACUAAUAAUGAUGCUCUAUGCUGCUUUUGAUUUCAUCCAAGUAGUAACCUGCAGUAACACAAAUAUUUAGACUUGAAAUGGGAACUGAUCUUAAAGAGCGUAAAGAUCUUGCCAUUAUACUUUAAAUUGCUAAUGAGCUUCAGCUGCUGAAUUUUGGAUGCAUUAAAUGUACUUGCCCAUUUGGUAAAGGAGCAGCUCCAACCUCUUUGCUCAAAAGCACUGUGGUAGUAAUAGGCAAGGUUGACCGACAACCCUCCAGUCACCUGCCAUCACUCUGACCCUAGUCCUGCUUGUCUGACAGUGUUCAGAGUCCUUGCGCUGCAGAUGUUGCUGCUGCUUUGUUUUGUAUUUUGUAAACAGAAAUCUUUAUUGAGACAGAAGCACUGUAAACGCUGUUGUAUUAAACCACUAAUAAAAUAAACUUAAAUAAAAAUACUAAUGAAGUUGCAACAAAUACCAACAGACAAAUACGGAAUAAAUG